AUGGGUAACGACGGCGGCUCGAUCCCUAAGCGUCGCGAGCUUGUCAAGAACGCAGCCCGUGCCAAGACCGUUUCCGAACUCAAAGCCACGGCACUCGAAUCACUUGCUCAUGCAUGGGCUCACUGCGCACUGAGUGGCGAACCCCUCGACAUCGACACCGUCGUCUCGGACUGGCGCGGGCGCCUUUACAACUACGAAGCGAUCCUAAAAGGCUUGAUGCCAUCAGACGAUCCGAACGAUAUCACGCCCUCGAGUUUAGGAAUCAAGUCUCUGCGGGAUGUGGCGAAGCUAAAGGUGUCUAAGAGCGGCAGCAAGUGGGUGUGCCCCAUUUCGAUGAAGGAGCUGGGUCCUGCCGUCAAGGCUGUCUACCUGGUGCCUUGCGGGCACGUAUUCGCCGACGUGGCAAUGAAGGAGAUUCAGGAAAAGGCGUGUCCGGAGUGUGGUGUGGAGUUCAGCGAAGACAACAUCAUUACGAUCUUGGCGACCACAGAAACAGACGUCGAGCGACUAGAGAAGCGAAUGGAAAAGCUCAAGGGCCAAGGGUUGGCACACACAUUGAAGAAGGACAAGUCAGAAAAGAAGAAGAAGCGCAAGGGUGAUGAUCUAAAGGAGGAGGAGGCCAAAGCCGCAGGCAAGGAGAACGGCAAGUCGGGGAAGAAGGAGGACUCCAGGAUCAGCGGCAUCAACAACUCAUUUGCAGCUUCGUUGACGGCCAAGGUCCUGGCUGAACAGGAUGAGCGGAAUAAACGGAGAAAGUUGGUGGCAGAGGCGGCUAGAGGUUGA